AGAGACGAGCGGCGCAGCCGUUGAGGAAUCGGCGGAAGCCAUGGCGGCUGUUGAGGGGGAGCCCGACGUCUUGGAUGCUAUUGUCAUGGCAGAAACGAGAUUUCAUGGUGAAGGCUAUCAAGAUGGUUAUGCUGAAGGAGUCCAUGCUGGUGUUGUGGAAGGAAGGCAAUAUGGAAUACAGCAGGGUGCCAGCAUUGGCUCAGAAAUAGGGUCAUACCUUGGUUUUGCACUGACGUGGCAACAGUUGCUUCAGAAAACAUCAGCUGAAAAGUGCAGUAAAAAAAUAAAAGUCCUGGAGCUGUUAAUAGAGAUGAUUCAAAACUUUCCUUUGGAAGAUCCAGCUUAUGACAAACUUCAAGAUGACUUGGAGAAAAUUAGGGGACGGUUUAAACAAAUUUGCUCAUUAUUGCAUAUUCCAUCUGAUUUAAGACUUGAUUCUGAGAGAAUUUCAUUUUCAUUUUGAAAGCAACAUAAAAAGAAAAUUGCCGUUGGAUAUAAAAAGUGGUUACAUCUCACACAGAGUGAUCAUCUUUUCUUUUCUAUCCACUGAGCAGAAAACUACAAGGAUAAAGCUGAUUUUAUUCUACUUGAAUUGUAUCACUGUAUCAUUGUUUCAGUUUGCACAUUCAAGCCCAACUAUGGCUUCAGCCUGUUGGUUAACAUACUGUUCCAGAAACUAAUGUUACACAUUAUUAGAGAAGAAAAUUGAUCUAUGGAACAUCAGCUAAAUAGUGUUAUUUUUUUUUCUUCUGUUCAAUUGCGUCCGAUUCUUGGAGAUAGGCUGAAAAAGUCCCUGCAGUUUUCUUAGCAAGAAUUUUUCAGAAGUGAUUUCCCCUUGCCUACUUCCUAGGGCUGAGAAAAGUGACUGGCUCAAGGUCAUCCAGUUGGCUUCGUGCCCAAGGUGGGAGUAGAACUAAAGAUCAUCUGGUUUUUAGCCUGAAGCCUUAACCAUUAUACCAAUCUGACUCAUUAAUGACCUAUUGCCACCGUUUAUAUUGAAAAGAUGACUGCAAGUAGUCCUCAACUUAUAAUCACAAUUCGGACUGGAACUUCUGUCACUAAGUAAUUUUUUUUUUUAAGUGAUAAACACCCCAUUUUAUGAUCUUUUUUGCUGUAGUCAGUAAAUCAAUAGUUAAGUGAAUCCAUCUUUCCCCAUUGAGUUUGCUUAUUGGAAGUCAACUGGAAAGAUUGCAGAUGGCAAUCAUGUGACCUGGGAAAACUCCAGCUGUUAUAAGUACAUGCCAGUUGCCAAGUGCCCUAAUUUGGGUCACAUAACUGUGAGGUUGUUGCAGCGUUCGUAUAUCACUUUUUUCAAGUGCUGUUGUAACUACAGACAUUCACCAAAUGAAUAGUUGUAAGAUGAGGAUUGUCUGUAAAGCAUUUUAAGGAUUUUUAAGUAGAUUUUGUAAACACUCUGAAGAGUGCCUUCCUAAAAUUGGCAUUCUGUAGGAAGUGAGUAAAAUACAUAUUUCACUACAUUAGUGCAAAACCCACACAUUUGAAACAUGUUAUCAGUAUGUCUGUAGUUUUACAAGUGUAUCUCAGAUGGGAUGUGUUUUAUUUGUAAAUUAAUUUUGGAGGUUUUAAUUUUCCAGAUAAACUGAUUUUUGGUCAGUAGCUUUCUUUUUAGGAACAGUAGUAAUCACCAUUGUUAUAAAAAUGCUAAGAUAAAUUUUUAAAAUCAACUUUAUUUGGAAGAAAUACAGAUGAGGACCUGUAGAGAAUUUUGUAGCUUGCAGAAAGGGACUUCAGAGGCCAAUCUGGCACACUCCUGCGCAUUUUAUAAAUAAUUUUAAUAGACAAGGUAAAAUUCAUUUGGCUUGUGGGCAUGUUUUGUUAUGUCCUGUUUCCCUCUUAUUAUUUUCCUAUCCUUUGGUAGUUUAGAGGAAAUAAGUGGCAAAAUUAACUCUGCCAGUCCAAAAACAGGCUGCUGUAUGAAUUCUUUUCUUUUAUGCCAUCCCUUUGAAAUUGCCCAAGGAACAGUAUAUUUAUGUAUUUAUUCAUUUUUAAAGCAUGCAUGCUGCAUCUCAGGCCCAGGUCUUCCUGGGAUGGUUUACAAUGCAUAGAGACACCAUAUGAGAAUAAUAUUUAAAAUACAGUACUACAAUCAGUGCAGUAGUAAAGCAGGAAGAGUUCCAAUGCAGCAUUUAUUUACCAAAUCCUGCAGCUAAAGGCUCUUUUGCCUGGCACUGAAAACAAAAAAAGGCAGCUGAAGGGGACCAGGGUUAAAAUGUUGUUUUGAAGUGACAAAUGUUUUCCUUCUUGCUUUAGAGUCCAAAGAUCUACUAAGCUCCUGUCUUCAAUAUGCUGUACUUGCUUUUUAAAUAAAAACUUUAGUGUAUUUAUCGUUCCUUGUGAACAACAUUAUAGUAACUAAAUCAUGGGGGAUCCAAGACUUCCACUCCUUGCACUGCAUUGCUGUGUUGGUUGUAUUUUGCUGCUUUGGACUGAGAAGGAUCACGAGAAAACUGAAUUGUGUUAAAAUCCUACUAGAUAGGAUUUUGCUGUACCUGUGAUUAAGAUUAACUUUAAAUUAUUGAGAUGUUAGAAAACACUGAUUAGGGCCACCUAGUGGGAAAAAUAAUUACAUCAGCUUUAAAAUUCCAAUGUUUUCGUUAAAAAUGGUAAACAGUUUUAAUUAAAUCGGCUUUAGGAAGAAAGUUUUUGUUUUAAAAAAUGGAAGUGCAAUAACUGAGACGGUAUUUACGGAAACAGUUGAAUGUUCUUUGUAUAUUCAAUGGUAAAUCUGAUGCUUUACCUGUAACUGAAAUUAUAUUCAUAAUUGUACUCUGUUAGUAUUAUCUGUUGUAUUGAUUAUAAGGUUGGCCAAAUUUUACUGCCUGCUGUGUGUUAUGUUCUCAUAUUUGUACUAAAAUAUUUUUUUCUUCAAAGUGAUUCUUGUGGUAAUUCAGUCUGUUACUUAAAAUGGCCAUUAUCAAAAACAUUGAUAAUAUUUUUACUUCAGAGAAAAAGAAAAUUAAUAAAAACACUAAUAUGGAAACAUAAAAGAAAAUCCUAUGAAGAGAGCCCUUAGUCAUAUACCUAUGUAAGUGGAGUCUAGAAAAGCAGUUGAUAAUAUGGUUGAUUUGCAAUCAAAAUACGUGCUUUUCAAGAAUUCUUUUUAAUCUUCCAGAAACACUUUUGCAUAAUAUAAGGAGGAAGCAAAAGAUAGAGUGUUCCUUGCAAAUAGUUCUUUGUUCAAAUACUAUGAUAAGAAAAGUUUGUGACACUGGAACAAAUGUCAUUUUGAAGGUGUCAUUUUUAAAAAUAUGACUUUUUAUACAUCAACACAGUUACUAGUCAAAUUAUAACACAAAAUCAGUUGUGGGUUUCUAAAGUUAGUGACUUAGGUUUAUAUAUCAAAUUACCUACUAUUAAAUACCAAAACCUAAUUAUUUUUUUAAAAAGCUAAAACUUUUUUUAAAAAGUUUUUAAAAAACUGUUACAUUCAGUGUAAGUAGCUCAUUUUGGUGGAAAGGAGAAAAAUUAGUAACAAAACCAGCUGCAAAAAUUGUUUAGAAAAGGUGUUGUUGGUUGCCUUAUAUGAACUUGAUUUACACAACAGAGAUUAAUCUAAGUUUGAAAGGUGUCUGAAACCUAAGAUCCAUAAAUGCUUUUAUAUCUACCCCAUUGUUCUUCAUGCUACCAAAUUAAAUAUACACCAUGCCAAGUGCAUAAUGUCUUUUUCCAGGCGGCACUUUUAAGGUAAAGAUUUAAUUAUAUCAAAGACUGUACAGGGAGUAACACAACCCAGAUCAUUAACAUGUAUAAGAAAUUACUCCCUUGUUUAAGAAUUUGCAAUAAUGUUUGACACAGACAAAAAUGACCCUUCUGCUUUGAUCCUAAAUAGUGUAUUGCCUUUUGUUUUCCUAUCUACUAUGCAGUACAUUCAACCAAAUAGCUGUUUUAAUAAUCAGGGGGAAAUGUUUGAGUAUUUAUUGAGAUUUAGAAUAAACUCUUUUUAAAAACAUAA